AUGUAUAUCUCCAAUCUCUCUCUUUGCGCUGUUGCUCUUUUUGGGGCUGUUGCUUCUGCUGCCACCUUGAAUCAAUGUACCUCAGGCACUACCGAGUUUUCUAAAGGCCUUGGUAAUUGGAAUGAACAAGGAGGUUUGACUAACGGUUGGAAGAUCACGAAUGAAGGCCUUGUCAUGACUCUUGAAGCUCCCAAGCAGAUCGUUAGAAUGACCAACUCAUCUGACAAUAAUAAUCCAUACAACAAGUACGCUUCUCCUACUUCUCCCACCUUUGUCUACUCUACUUUGUUGCAUUACGGUACUGUUUCUUUCGAUAUUCAAGCUGCAGGCAAAGCUGGUGCUGUGACAGCCGCUGUGGUUCUUGCCCCUGGAGGUGAUGAAAUCGAUUUUGAAAUGCUCGGUGCCAAUCAUAACAAGGUUCAGACAAACUUCUUCUAUGGCAAACGCCCAGUUUAUGGUGUGAAUAGUGCUAGUACUGAGGUUGCUAUUAACACUGCCUCUGGUUUUCACAAUUACACCUUCGACUGGUCCCCCGAAAGAAUUGAAUUUUUCGUUGAUGGUAAACUUAUUCGCACUGCUAAAAACAAGAACGAAUGUAAUAAUGCUGGAGAGUGUACCUAUCCUACUCAUGCUGCCGCUAUCCAAAUCGGCCUCUGGGAUUCCAGUGCUGUUUCCGGCACUACUCAGUGGGCUCAAGGACCUAUCAACUGGGUCAAGGGAGAAACAAUCAGUGCUACAGUCAGAUCUGUCACAGUCAACUGUAAUCCCAAGUACAACAAGGCCAAAUAG